GCCAUUAGAAGCACAAACCAAAACACAAAACCAGUAGCCAACAUGAAACAAUUUGUGGUGUUCUUCGCCCUGGUGGCCGCCGUAGCCGCCAACACGAUCGCCCAGCCAGGAUUUCCCGAGGGACGCAUCAUCAACGGCUAUGAGGCGCUGGCCGGCGAGGCACCUUACAUUGUCUCGCUGCAGACCACAGCCGGAUCCCAUUUCUGCGCUGGAUCGCUCAUCUCCGCGAAGUGCAUUGCGACUGCCGCCCAUUGCCUGACCUAUGCGAACUCCCUGGCGGUGGCUGCAGCCCACGGCCGCUCCAGCAAGGAGGACACUCAGGUGCGUCAGAUCAGCAGCAGCGACCACAUCGUCCACGAGAACUACAGCGGCGGCGUGGGACCCUAUGACAUCGGUCUGAUCAUCGUGAAGACGCCCUUCAACCUGAAUGCCAUCGCCCGCGACGGCAGUGCGCCCGUGGCCAGCAUCGCGCUGCAGCCCAAGAAGCUGGAGGGCUCCACCGAUGGCACCCUCUACGGCUGGGGACGCGACAACUCCGGCGCCCUGCCCGAGAAACUCCAGAAGCUGGAUGUGAACAUCAUCGACCAUGUCCAGUGCAAGGCCGCCCUGCCCGCCAACAGCAAAGUGGCCGAUUCGAAUGUCUGCACCUACACCGCCGGCACCUCGGAUGGCGCCUGCAACGGCGACAGUGGCGGGCCACUGAUCAUCCGCUCCACCGACGGCACUGCCUACCUCAUUGGCAUUGUCUCCUGGGGCUACACGCCUUGCGCUUCCACCUACUAUCCAUCGGUUUACACCGAAACGAAUUCGUAUCUGGACUGGAUCGCUGAAAAGGUGGCUGCUGUCGAGAACUAGGCAAUGACCUUUCCUGUACGAGUAUCCAUAAUAAACGAACAUUUUGUGCAUCCCAGAAAGGGUGUGGUAAAGAAA